AUGCCUCCAACUUCAGAAUCACACUGGUUUUCGGCCUCCCCAAUAGCUCCGAUAAUGUCAUCGGGCGGCCUGAUGACAUACGGUGGCAUCGGCACCUCUUCCUCACCAGAGCUCUCGCCACCGGGCACAUCAUCGACACAAUUCGAUGAUGGGUGUGCGGUGUGUGGCGAUCGAGUGAACGGGAAACGGUACGGAGCACCGGCGUGUCUCGGGUGCAUAGUGUUCUUUCGGCGAGCGGUGACGAACGAUGUCACGUAUAAAUGUUUGAAAGGAGGCAAUUGUGUGAUUACGAAUGAAUCCCGAUGUAUAUGUCGAUACUGUCGACUCCAGAAGUGCUACACCGUCGGUAUGAAAGCGUCGGCGAUUCAGAGGCGUGAUGUGAUGGGUCCGCGAAAGCCGAAGACCAAAGAGACCCCGAUAAAACAAGAAAUCGUCGAGGAUAAUAACACACCGAAUUUGAAAUGUAUAUCGAAUCCGUCGAGUAGCAGUAGUAUGGUCGAUAGAUCCCCAUUCAUCCACCCUCAUCGUCACGGUCUCAUCGAUACGCUGGUGCGCCUUCAACGCUUUCAAAUCGACAAACAUCGCGAGUUCUUUGCGGCACACGAAACGGUCAACUUGGACGGUGACUUGUAUGCUCAUUUGCAUAGAAAACUAAACGGCACGAAUCAUCGGAGAGCUCGUGCUCAAGACGUGAACAGUAUGCUCAAAUUGGGACUCAUCGACGCGGCGACGUGGGGAAAUCAGUUCGAACCGUUUCGACGCUUGUCAACUGAAGAUAAGAAGCACAUUUUGACGGAAUUCGGUUUCACAUUCAUGUUGGUCGAUCAGGGAUUCAAGACCGCUCAGAAGGCGGAGGAGGGAUUCUGGUUGUUGCAGAAUGACACUUUCAUGCAUGAGGAUUAUUUUUUGGGAUUGCCAGAGGAUGAUGCGAAGAAGGAGAAUGCGGCGACGAAGGCAAAACUCCACCCACUAUUCGUCAAUGAGAGUCUGAAUUGUGUCGGCUAUCCGUUUCGAACGUUACAAAUCGACGAAUUCGAGUGCGCCGUUCUCAAGACGGUUCUACUAUUGACUCAACAAGGAAUCUUCAAAGAGCACUCGGACGCCGCCCGUGACAUCUCCAAUCGAUGUAUGCAGGAACUAAUGGAUUACGCUCAACGAAAGCAUCCAGACGCCGCCGCCGAACGAUUCGGUACCGUAAUCCUGUUGACGAGCUCGAUUCGUUGCUCCAUCAACGCUUUGUAUAACCAGACGAGAGUGUCCGAUGUAUUCGAUUUGAUGAAGUUUGAUCCACUUGUAAGGGAUGUUCUCCUAUCGUGA